AUGAAGAAGGUAGCAAGUGAAAAAGCUGUACUAUUAGCACCGCUUGCUGCUGUAGUCGCGACGCUGCUGAUGCUCCCACCGUUUGCUGGCUGCGCGGCACCAGCUGCAACUGCAAAUGCUAGUACUAGUCUGGGUAGUAACAACUGCACCAGGAGCUGCGGCAACAUCAGCAUCCCUUACCCGUUCGGCAUCGAGCCAGGCUGCUACCACGCGGCCGGCUUCAACCUCACCUGCAAGCAGCACAACCACCAUCAGCCAACCAAGUUGUUCCUCGGCGACGGAACCGUGCAGGUGCUGGAGAUCUCUCUCGAAAACAGCACGGUGCGCAUCAACGGCCCCAUCCUGCAGUUUCAGUAUGAUGGCAGUGGCCUCACCACGAACACCACAUGGGGGCUCGGGCUCCCACGGGACAGCCCCUACUUCCUCAGUUACGAAUUCAACGUGGACAUGCUUUUUGUGCCAGGGGCAUCUCAUAUUAUUCCUAAAGCGCUGCCGGCCACACUAGACUGGAUAAUUAGUAAUUCAUCAUGUCCAAGAAAUAAGACCACCGCCCCGGAGUGUCUCAGUACCCACAGCUAUUGCCAAAAGUUUCCUUCCUUGGGCCAUGCCGCUGGUGGGUACCUGUGUAAAUGCGAUGAUGGUUAUCAGGGCAAUCCUUAUGAUCAGGGUGGAUGCCAAGAUAUCGACGAGUGCCAAUAUCCGGAGCAAUAUGUUUGCUAUGGUGUUUGCAAGAAUACACCUGGAAGUUAUAUUUGCCAAUGCAACACUGGCUAUACAGGCAAUGCUUCCGUCCCAAAUGGAUGCACAGGUUUAAUCGUCGGACUAGGAGUUGGUGGUGCCACAAGUCUUUUGAUUCUUACACUCGCUAGCCCUUUUGUAGUGCAUAAGAUCAAGAUACAAAAAAUGAAAGAUAAAUGUUUCAAACAAAAUAAUGGUUUAUUGUUGCAGCAAUUGAUAUCACGAAACGCAAAUAUCAGUGAGAGGAUGAUUAUUACCUUGAGGGACAUAGAGAAAGCUACACACAAUUUUGAUAGAGAUCAUGUGAUUGGUGGGGGAGGGCAUGGAGUAGUGUUUAAAGGAAUUCUGGAUCAACAUAUUGUGGCAAUCAAGAAAUCAAAGAUUGUGGUACAAAGGGAAAUAGAUGAAUUCAUAAAUGAAGUUGUGGUUCUUUCUCAAGUGAACCACAGAAAUGUGGUUAAGCUCUUAGGAUGUUGUCUUGAGACAGAAGUUCCACUCCUAAUUUAUGAGUUCAUUUCAAAUGGAACCCUUUAUCAUCAUCUUCAUGUUGAGGAAGCAAUAUCAUUAACAUGGGCGGACCGAUUAAGAAUUGCACUUGAAGUUUCUAGAGCACUGUCCUACCUACAUUCAUCUGCUUCAAUGCCAAUAUUUCAUAGAGAUAUUAAAACCUCCAACAUACUUCUUGAUGACGGUUUAGUUGCAAAGGUAUCGGACUUUGGUGCUUCAAGGUACAUCACAAUUGAUCAAACCGGAGUGACUACAGCCAUUCAAGGAACAAUUGGUUACUUAGACCCCAUGUAUUACAGUACGGGUCGGCUAACCGACAAGAGUGAUGUUUUUAGUUUUGGUGUUGUUCUUAUAGAAUUGCUCACUAGAAAGAAACCUUUUCUCUACCGCUCUGACAAUGGUGAUGGCAUUGUUUCACAUUUUGCCUCACAACUUAUAGAAGACAAACUUGUUGAAAUAAUAGAUCCUCAAAUCAUUGAGGAAGAAGAUGGAGAGAUCAUAGAAGUAGCCACACUUGCAACAUUAUGUACCAAAUUAAAGGGAGAAGAUCGGCCUACAAUGAGAGAAGUGGAGAUGACACUUGAGAAUUUACUUUUUAAGAAGAAGCAUCCCCCUUGUAAUACAUCAUCAAGGAGAUAUGGUCAGAAUAAAAAUAGCUACAAACCAAUGACUGAGCAGAUUACCAAUGAAGCAAGCAGACAAUACACUAUGGAAGAGGAAAUCUUGUUGUCGGCGACAUAUGCCAGGUGA